UGAAAACGACCCGAAUCCGAGAUCCAGUGAGCUCAACAGAUAUGGCGUCUAAUGAUCCGAUUCUCAAAGACGAUCGUAUCGUUCGGAUUUCGUCUUCUAUUCGGGUCAUCCCUGACUUCCCUAAACCCGGGAUUAUGUUUCAGGAUAUAACAACAUUGUUACUUGAUACUAAGGCGUUUAAGUACACUAUUGAUUUGUUUGUUGAGAGAUACAAGGACAAAAACAUCAGUGUCGUUGCAGGUAUUGAAGCAAGAGGUUUUAUAUUUGGUCCUCCCAUUGCAUUGGCCAUUGGGGCAAAAUUUGUCCCCAUGAGGAAACCCAAGAAGUUGCCGGGGGAGGUUAUUUCAGAAGAGUAUUCUUUGGAGUAUGGAACAGACAAGAUUGAGAUGCAUGUAGGUGCCGUGCAAGCCGGUGAACGUGCACUUGUGGUAGAUGAUCUUAUCGCAACUGGAGGGACCCUAACUGCUGCAAUUAGGCUUCUAGAGCGUGUUGGAGUUGAGGUGGUCGAGUGUGCAUGUCUUAUUGAGUUGCCAGAAUUGAAGGGCCGGGACAGGUUAGGUGAUAAGCCACUAUUUGUUCUUGUGAGCUCAACCUGAUCCUCAAUUAGGAAAUGGAUCUGGACAGAGAGCUUCAUUGAGGUGGAACUGUAUUGGAGUAACAUUUUGAAUUUGGAGAGGAGACAUCUCAUUUUUAUAACAACCAUUGCCAAUUCUGGCCUUAAAUGUGUGGAUUGAAAUAAGCCCUUGUUAGGUGCUUUCAGUUGAAUUAAGCUAUUGUGAGAGAGAUGCUCUCAUUGAAUUAAGUCCAACUUCUAUUGUUGUUGUAGUUGGUGGAACUCACUUCUGUGUGUAUGACAUCAAGUUCACCGCGAGAAUCAGUUCAAUCUUAAAGGAUUUGAGUACCA